GCAUUCCAGAGGAUGCCAGGAUGUCUUGUCUCUGAUUGGCUGACCACCGCUCAAUGGCUGGUGGAAGAAGGAGUAAACCUUUCAGUCUGCCUUGACGGAGCUGAAAUAACAGAAUCCCGAUCACAGGUACAUGUGACAAUGCUGAAGCUAUGAGUGGAAUUUUAAUGAGGAAGUUUGAAGAAGUUGGCGGCUCCUCAAUCUUCUCUGUGUGGGAAUCGGAUGAUGAAGUUUCUAGCGGCAAAAGCGCUGACGAUGCUGAUAGUGUCAAUCUGUCCACUUCAAAUCAUUUUAUUCGUACAUGUGACAGUGCUGCAGCUAUGAGUGGAAUUUUAAAGAGGAAGUUUGAAGAAGUGGAUGGCUCUUCGCCCUGCUCUUCGGUGCGGGAAUCGGAUGACGACGUUUCUAGCAGUGAAAGUGCUGACAGUGGCGAUAGUGUCAACCCAUCCACUUCAAAUCAUUUCACCCCAUCAUCGAUUCUGAAAAGAGAGAAGCGGAAGAGGACGAAGAAUGUUCAUUUUAACUGCGUUACCGUGUACUACUUCACAAGGAGGCAAGGGUUCACGAGCAUCCCCAGCCAAGGAGGAAGCACCUUGGGCAUGUCCACACGUCACAACAGUGUGCGCCAGUACACACUGGGGGAAUUUGCGAUGGAGCAAGAGAGGCUUCACCGAGAGAUGUUGAGAGAGCAUCUCAGGGAGGAGAAACUGAAUUCUUUAAAGCUCAAGAUGACCAAGAACGGCACCGUGGAGUCCGAGGAAGCAAACACUUUGACACUGGACGACAUUUCCGACGACGAUAUAGAUUUAGAUAACACAGAAGUAGACGAGUACUUCUUUCUACAGCCUCUGCCGACAAAAAAGCGAAGGGCACUCCUGAGAGCCUCUGGGGUCAAGAAGAUUGACGUAGAAGAAAAACACGAGCUGCGAGCCAUUCGCCUGUCAAGGGAGGACUGCGGCUGUGACUGUCGAGUCUUUUGUGACCCAGAAACGUGUACCUGCAGCCUUGCAGGCAUAAAAUGCCAGGUGGAUCGUAUGUCUUUCCCAUGUGGUUGCACUAAAGAAGGAUGUAGCAAUACGGCAGGUAGAAUUGAAUUUAACCCCAUCCGCGUUCGGACUCACUUUUUGCACACUAUAAUGAAACUUGAAUUGGAGAAGAGCAGAGAGCAGCAAGUCUCUGCGCUGAACGGUUGCCACGGCGAGAUAAGCGCUCACAGCAGCUCUAUGGGCCCCGCAGCCCACCCGCUAGAAUAUUCCGUUCCGGAUAACUUUGAGAUUGAAGCAGAAUCUCGGGCUGGCGUGAUGCACUUGCAGUCGGCCGAUGACUUGGACUGCCCAGGGGAGGAGGAGGAGGAGGAAGAGGAGGAAGACGCUAGCAGCUUUUGUAGCGGGGUUACAGAUUCCAGCACGCAGAGUUUCGCACCCAGUGAAACAGAUGAAGACGAGGAAGAGGAAGAGGAUGACGACGAGGAUGACGACGAGGAAAAGGUGGACGACUUUGUGGAAGGUUUGGGUGCUCAUGGUGACAUGGUGCAAGCUCUUCCUUCGGUCCUCUGCUACUCCGACAGCACUGCCAUGCACGAGAGUCACUCCAAGGCUUCCUCCUACUACGGCAACUCCUCAGCGCUUUAUUACCAAAUAGAGAACCAUAGCCCUGGAGCUCCUAGCCAAAUGCGUGAGGCUUACUCUGAAAGGGAUACAGUUAAGAAUGGUAAUCUUUCUCUGGUGCCUUAUAAUCCAGCUUCAGAACAGUUUGUGGACUACACACGGCAAUCAGAGGAAAGUUAUAGCGGCUCGCUUUAUCCUCCUUCAAACCCGUCCGUCAUAGUUUGCUGCUCGUCUUCAGAGAGUGACGGCGCCAUUCCGUGUAGUAGCCUAUAUGCUGAGCAUAGGCCAAGACACUCCCAAGUGGACUUUCCCUCAUACUUGAAAAGUCCUUCUCAAGAUGGAUUUGUUUCUGCUUUGAAUGGUGGCACUCACCUCCCAGAGCAUCCCGCUGAGAAUUCGCUCAGCCUCUCGGAAAAGAGCAGACUGCAUGAAGAGUGUAUCAAAUCGCCUGUCAUGGAAACGGAAAAUAGAACCAUGUUUAAAACAUGACUACAAGGAUGUGGGAUAAUAUGGAACAUAACACACAACUUUGCAACUAACCUAAACUGAAUUAAUCUUGUUCAACACAGAUAGAUGAAUCCUAGUGGGAAUGGGAGAUGCACAAAUCCUAUGGCACAGUCAAGUGCUUUCUGUUCCUAUAGAUGCAUAUCCUUAUCAAAAUAGAUAAAGCAACUCCCGAAGAUUAUGUUUAUACAUAUCCUUAUUUGCUAGAGAAUGUAAUACCAAGGAGGAGGGAGUAAGGUGCCAAAUAUUACAUUAGCAAGCAGGGGGGCUUCCCUGCAAGACCGAAAUCUUAGUUUCAUUGUAAGGAAUAAACGUAGUUCCGAAAUAGAUAUGCUGCAGCUCUUAGGAUCACCUGCCAACACCUGAACAAAACUGUGUCCCCUGCUGCUAGUGUAAAGGACUAGCAUGCCUCAAGCUGUUAAGUCUUUUAGGAAUAAGCAUAGGCUCCAGCCCCAACUCUUGUAAGUUGCUAUGGAAGACAAUACCAUCAGUAAUAACUGAAAAAGGGGGAUGGUA